UUCUCUACAUCCAAUGAUUUUCUUCAUUCUCCAAAGUUAUGGCCCUCUCAAGGAGUACCAGUCAGUGAUGAGUUACUUUUUAGUAGAAAAAGACCUUCAAGGAGUUUAUUUCAGAAUAGUAUAGAUUUUAACUCUGAGCAUUCUUCUGUUUGUGCUGGUGCUAUGGGCUCUCAUCAGCCGCAAAUUUCAGGGAAAUGUGGAACGCUCGGAUACACACAGACACGUGGGAAGAGUGGUAGCGUGGACUCUGAUUUACAAUUUUUAGGGUUAAAUAACUGUCAGCAAGACAAAGUUUGUGCCAGCCUAAGUUUUUCCAGCAAGACCCAGAGAAGCUUUUGCAAUCAAGCAGAGCAUACGGUGUCCUUCCAGGGUCCUAAUGCGAGCCAUGGGGCCUUCAUUCUGCCGUCUUACCCGCUGUCGUCACCCCGGAACAGCCCAAAGCACGUCUCCUCUGCAGCUGACUCUCCGAAGAAGUCACAAGAUAGUACCAUGAACUUCUCAAACUCCUGGCCUCUUAAAAGCUUUGAAGGACUGCCUAAGCCUAGUUCACAGAAGCAGCUUCUCGGUCAAAAGUCAGGAGACAAUACAGGUAGGAAUGUGGUCGGGGCCAACUUGCAGGAGAAACCCUCCCCUCUGCAGCUGAAGCCCACCCUGGUGAGAGGUUCCCGCAGGGGCCUGAACGGGGCCAGACCCGUGCCCCCCAUACCCCGCCUCGCCAGCCCGCUGCCCGCUAAGGCCGAAUUAAAUCUGGCAAAGUGGAGAAACGAAGAGUGUGAGGACGCGCGGCUGAACGAAGUGGAUAGGAAGCUUGCAGCUGAUCUUUCAGAGCUACAUGUUGAUGGCGAGGAGGUGGACCAAGAAGAGAUGCAGAAUUCGCUUAGAUCUCUACGGAACAGUGCAGCUAAGAAGAGGGCAAAGCUAAGCGGCAACCUUUCAGAUCUUGAAAGUCCUGAUUCUGCUCUUAAACUUGACCUCUCCGUGGAUUCCCCCUCCCACGCUUCCUCCCCCAGCGCAGGCUCUUACAGCGAAAGCGGAGUGUACAGCCAGGAGCCUCUGACUUCCCCUGCGUCCUCAGUCCCCCAGAGGAGGAGAAGAACGCCAGACACCUUUCCACUACUUGGCAGCAAAUCACAGCCUGCAAGAGCAUCUUCAGCAAGAAGCAGAGACCCAAACAUGGCAGAACAUAACCCCAGCACAGGUCUUGUGGAGUCAACCUCCAGUUUUCCACAGAUGAACAGUCUAGAUUUCAUUUCACCAAGUGUCCCAUCUGAAGAUGCAGUUGCAAUUGUUGGUAAAGGUGUUUUUGGAAGUCCUCCUUCUGCACGAACGUACAGCCAGCCCAUAAUGUGUGUAGUGAAUGGAGAUGACCAGGCUGUCAAAGAGGAGACUGAGCCAUCACCAGGGAUCUGUGGGAGAAGCAUCCAGCAGAACAGUGCUUCUAACUUCCACGUUGAAAAUGAAAGAGAGAUAAAAGUUGUCAUGUCAAAAUCUGCCCAGGAUAAGAUGAAGCGGAAGAAAAAAGAUGAAAAAGAACGCAGUCGUGAAGAACAUCAGGAAGUCAAAGACCUUGAAGAGAAGGAAGAAAACCCUUGGGAAAGACUUAAACUGAAUGAACUAGAGAAAAUGACAACAGAAAAUGAGAUUUCUCUUGGGGCGCGAGGACGCUAUAAAGACCAGACCCCAUCAGUCACUCAUAGCCCAGAAAUAAUGGACCCAUCAGAACUGCAGCCCUUUUCAAAACCAGAAUCGGCAUUGACAGAAGCCUUGACACUUUUAGCUGAUGAUGACUGGGAGAAGAAAAUUGAAGGUCUGAACUUUGUUAGAUGUUUGUCUGCCUACCAUGCGACUGUUCUGACUGCAAAGCUACAUGAAACAAGUCUGGCUGUGGCUCAAGAGGUCAAGAAUUUACGCUCAGGUGUUUCUCGAGCUGCUGUGGUCUGUUUAGGGGAUUUGUUCACCUACCUGAAAAAGAGCAUGGAUCAAGAACUAGAUAAUACAGUAAAAGUCCUUUUGCACAAAGCUGGUGAAUCCAACACAUUUAUAAGGGAAGAGGUAGACAAAGCACUGAAGGCUAUGGUUAAUAAUGUGACUCCAGCACGUGCACUUUGUUCUCUUAUAAAUGGAGGGCAAAGGUAUUACGGUCGGAAGAUGCUCUUCAGUAUGAUGCCUCAUCCUGAUUUUGAUAAAACGCUUGAAAAGUAUGUGCCGACCAAGGAUUUGCCUUACCUUAAGGAAACUGUUAGCAAUCUACGUGAAAAGGGUUUGGGGGAGAUGCCAUUAGAUACACCCUCAGCAAAAGGACGACGUUCCCACACUAGUAGUGUUGGACAUUCGAGAUCAUCAUCUACUUCCAGAGAUGCUCUCAACAUCACUGACAGAGAGAGUACAGAAGCCCGUGAAGUGACAAGAAAAGCAGCUCCUCGUAAUUCACUGGAAAGUGAAGAAUAUGUUAAAGACAUUAUAGGUUUAUUGAAUGCAAAAGACUUCCGUGAUCGAAUAAAUGGCAUUAAGCAGCUGUUAUCAGAUACAGAGAACAAUCAAGGCUUUGUUGUUGCAAACAUCGUGAAGAUCUUUGAUGCUUUCAAGUCUCGUUUACAUGACUCAAACAGUAAAGUAAAUCAGGUUGCUUUGGAGACAAUGCACAAGAUGAUUCCACUGCUGAAAGACAAUUUAUCACCUGUGAUCAACAUGUUAAUUCCUGCCAUGGUAGACAACAACCUGAACUCCAAAAAUCCAGGGAUUUAUGCAGCUGCCACAAACGUUAUUCAGGCUCUAUGUCAACAUUUAGACAACUAUUUGCUCCUCCAGCCGUUCUGCACAAAAGCCCAGUUUCUGAAUGGAAAAGCAAAACAAGACAUGACAGAAAAGCUUGCCGAUCUCGUUACGGAGUUAUACCCACGGAAGCCUUACGCUGUGGAGCAAAAAGUUCUAGCUGUCCUUUGGCACCUCCUGGGAAAUAUGACGAGCAGCGGCUCUUUGCCGGGAGCCGGAGGAAAUAUCCGGACAGCCACAGCGAAAUUAUCAAAAGCACUUUUUGCACAGAUGGGUCAAAGCCUGUUAACUCACGCUGCAUCUCAGCCACCACACAUCAAGAAGAGUUUAGAAGAAUUUCUGGAGGUAGCGACCUAA